CUGCUAUAUAUAUGUCACAGGAUCCUCCAUACAAGAAGGCAUACAACUCAAUCUUCAAAAUGUAUAGCUCAAGAUCAAACGUUCCAAAGAAGCUCCCCCCUGUUCAAGGCGAUGAUGCAACGCUCCCUUUGAUCGAUCUCAGCCGUCUAUUUUCGGGCGAGAUCGAGCACGAAAGAUGCGUGGAAGAGAUGGUUGAAGCGGCGAGCGAGUGGGGAUUCUUCCAGGUUGUGAACCACGGAGUUCCUCAAGAGGUCUUGGACAUGGUGUAUCAUGAAGGAAGGAAAGUGUUCGAUCAGCCAUGUUCCGAGAAAACCCGAGAAAAUUUCUUGAACCUUUCGAAGAACAGUUACCGGCGGGGAAACCCUAACGCCACUUCUCCAUCGCAGUUUUUUUGGUCCGAAGCUCUUCAGAUCGAUCUUACAGAGAUUCCAAAUUUGCCCGAAGACAACAAGAAUCUCAGAACUGCACUUGAAGCUUGCGUGCAAGAAAUGACGAGGUUGGCUCAAAUGAUGUGCGAGCUGCUCGGGAAGCGAGUGAAAGUGAAGCCGAAUUAUUUCGAAGAGAAUUGCAUUCCGGCAAAUAGUAACAUAAGGAUCAAUAAAUAUCCUCCAUGUUUGUCGGAUUCGGAAAUAGUCGGUCUGAUUCCUCAUACGGAUACCGAUUUCAUCACCGUUCUCUCUCAAGAUACGGUCGGAGGCUUGGAACUGAAGAACGAUGGACGGUGGCUAGCCGUCAAGCCACGGCCCGACGCCUUGAUUGUGAACAUCGGCGACUUGUUUCAGGUGCUGAGCAAUGGGUUGUACAAGAGCAUCGAGCACAGGGUGGUUUCUUCUCGACGGUGCAGAGAGAGAUUGUCGAUAGCUUUCUUCUUCAGCCCCGACCAAGACGUGGAGAUCGAAUGUGUCGGAAACCCGAAACUGUACCGAAGAUUCACUCUCAAAGAGUACAAAGAGCAGAUCCGACGAGAUGUUAAAGCAACAGGAGACAAAGUAGGGCUUGCCAGGUUUCUGGUGGAUGAACCCUAAAAAACCUAUGAUGAGUCCAAACGUUUAGUAAAGGUUGGGCGAUGGGUUUUGUAAAGUGAAAAAAAUGUAUCGGUUUGGUUAUAUAUAACCAUAAGAUUUUGAGCCUCUUAUAAACAACCAUACAUACAUAUAUAUAUGAAAUGAUUU